CAGUGGCGUAAUCUUUUGCGGCCUGUCUGUUGCUUUGCAAUUCGUUCACACAAACGGGCUCGUAAAAUGGCGAGGUGCAGUUGUUAUUUACUUACGUGGAAUAUAACGAGAAAACUUUGAAACAAAUUAAAUAUAUUAAUUAUUAGUAGCUUAAUAAAAAUAGUGCACCAUAAUCGUCGUAUACGGGCAUUCGUCGUAUUGUGCACAUUCUAGAAACUACAUUCUACAGAAAUGAUAUUAAUGGACUGGUAUAUUCUGGCACAGUAGCAGCAGUCCAAUACUGAUCUACAUUGAUUGAGAAAAGAUUGUAUUGCGAGCAGUAAAAUCUUGUGUAAUAUGGCACAAUAUUAUAACUUUGUGACCAAUGCCAGUGGUACAUUAACACUUGAGGAAGUACAGAGAAUUUGCUCUGUAGAAGGGCAACAUGUUCAAUUAGUUGAGGAUGUAAAUAAUGGUGGUAAUGGUUCACAACAAUUUUUGACUUAUACUGGUGCCCAACAAAACAGUGAGCAAACAAUAUUUUGCCAGCAAACUAUUAACUUAGGGAGUCAAAUCUCCACACCGCAAUUGGAACAAGGGCAAAACGUAUUCAUAAUUAAAACAAAUGAAACAUCCCCAUCUCAAAGUAUAUUAAAGCCUAAUACAGUUAAAGUACAUACGGCGCCAGAAAAUAUAGUAGGUGUUGUGGAUAAGAGAGCUAUUAAACCAUCAGUGGAAUGUAAUAAUGAUAAUCAACAGAUACAAUGGGUGAAGAUGCAAGAAAAUAGUAUUAAUGUAGAUGCAGUUUCAAAACAAAAUACUCUUUUACCAGAAAAGAGUCAAACUGCUAUUUUAAAUAAGAGCCAACCACAAAAUAAUAUAACUAUACCUUUAACUCUACAUGGAAAUACUGAACCGCAGGUUUAUACUCCUGAAUCUGCAGAAAAGAAGUCAGUUAAACUAUAUCAAAAUAAAAAUCGAUUUUCGGCAAAUAAUAUACAAACAGUUUCUCCAUCCAUUCCUUCUGAUGGUUUGAACUUAACAGAUACUGCAUCAAAUCGAAUACAACAACGUUAUUAUGUACCAAACGUUAAAGUAACUUCUCCUUCAUUCCAUAAUAAAACAGUUAAUACAAGUGGACAGAAUGUAACUACAACACUUACGCGACAAGUUCGUACUUCUUUUAUUCAAGUAUCUCCAACACGACCUACAGUUCCUACUCAGAUGUCUAAAAAUCCAUUGAGAUUACAACAUCCAGAAAUGGAACAUUUAAGUCAAAGGAUAAAACAAGCAAAAUUACGACAGUUGCAAAACGACCAACGUUCGCAACAAAAUAUGAGAAAGAAUCAAGUAUCCAAUAUGUCACAAAAGCCUGUACAAAAUAUUGCAACUAAUUCAUUACAACAUCAACAAGUAGCAAAUGUAAUACAACAAAAGCAGUUACAAAAUAUUACAACACAGUUUCAACAAUUACAGAAACAAUCGUCAGUUGGUACUAUAGAACAAAAAAAUUUACAUCAGUUACAAUCUCAACUUUCCUCACAUUCGCACAAUAUGCAAACAAAUUCGGAUGUUGAUUCUGAUUGUAUUUUACAAGAAAGAGGUAUUCUAAAACAACAGUCUUCUCCAUCUCAAACAGAUUCAGAAGGUGGUGCAAGUGAAAGCAUUGCAUAUCUACAAAAAGUUAUUGGCAAUCCUUCAACUACUAUAGUACAGCGUCAAAUACAAGGCAAUACUGCAAAAAUGUUGGUAAUCUUACCUAAUGGUGAACAAAGAUUAAUCACAUUUGAUAUAUCUAAUGAUGAUUGUACUGUGCAAGAUCUUCUGGAACAGGCAAACAUUACAUUUGGUGGUGAGACUGCUGUAUGCUUAGUCUUGGAUUCUACUUUGGGUAUAAAUUACAUUGUAGAAGCAGGACCAGGUACAAGUGCCAUAUUGAAUGAAAUUCAUGAGCACGACAGCAACACAUCACAGGAUAGUGCAUCUAUCGGAUCACGCAAUACUUCUCGCUCUAUUAGAUGUAAUAAAUUAAUGUGUUUUAGUUCACCUGAUGAAAAUAGCAAUCCUAUAUGUCAGAAUGAGGAGGCUAUAUACAUCGAGGGAAAGCUUGCACUGUGUCCAAACUGUGGUAUUAGCUCAUUAGACUUCAACCGAUGUCAACGAUGUUUGAAAAAAUUACCAGAGGAUGUGAAGACGAUACCUAUGACUGUGGGUAUACAAGAAAAGAAGGAGAACAUGCUGUCUGUCAAUACGUUUUAUAAGAAAAACAAUGAACGAAAUUCUUCAGCAAAAUUGGAGAAAUUAGAACGCGAUGGAUCUGCUUAUAAACGUGGUAGAGGAAGAGGAAGAGGUUUCACGUCAAGGACGAAACUUAUUAACAAAGAACCAGAAUGUUUAACUAUAUCAUCAGAUGAGGAUGAAGAGGGGAAAACUAGAAAAGUAGAUGGUGUUAACACUAGUGCAGUUUCAAGUAACGCAAGUAAUAAUUUUACCGAAGAAAUGGAGACAAUCCUUGAUAAAGAACCAGUAAUUACAAACAACUCUGUUUCUAGCACAAAUAUUGAUUUUUCACCAAGCAACGAAGAAUGUACUGAAGGCGGAAGUAUAAGAUGUGAAGAUCAGAAUUUUACAGAUAGUUCUAUACAAAAUAUACAUGCUGCUAUUUUGUGUCGGACAGUCAGAAUAGGAUCAUAUAAAUAUAUCCCACCAGAGAAAGUACUAAUAUCUCCAAGUGGAAUAAGAUUUGGAAUACCUUUAUUAGAAGAUGAUACAAGUUUUGUUACAUUGGACGUUAAAAUACAAGAUUUAGUAAAGGUUCUGGUACAUUUUGGAAAAUCUAUGCCAGUUAUUUUCUUUUAUACAACUACAAGUACAGGUGCAAUGAUUCGUGAAUUAUUAGGAAUGCAAGAUCCAAAAGGGCCAUAUUAUGAUCCAGCUGGUAAAGAUCAUACACAUAGACGGAUUACUUUAUUGCCGGAAAAGAUAUCGGACGAAUCAAAGGUUGCAUUAAAAAAUAUAUUCAUGGUAAAAAAAGGCUUGUUCGAAGAAUUAAAUCCAAAAGAAGCAAAUGAUAUUUUAGUGCGAGCAUCACCGAAAGAUAAUUCAUUAGUUCAAGGUCUUACUAGAAGGUACAGUCAAACAUCACUUUCAAGUGUAUCUACUGUAAACGGUGGAAUACAAACAAUAACAGUAUAUCCACCACCUCCUGCAAAAGGUGGUAUAGCCAUAAAUACCGAGGAUUACUUAUGUCUUGGGGAGGAUCAGUUUUUAAAUGAUGUUAUUAUUGAUUUUUACUUGAAGUAUUUAACAUUGGAAGUGUUAUCAGAAACAGAUCAACAUAGAACACAUGUAUUUAGUUCAUACUUUUAUAAACGCUUAACAAGUCCUCAUGCUCAAGCUGGUGAAAGUGCAAUUCCUCUUUCUGCAGCUGCUAAAAGACAUGCAAGAGUGCAGAAAUGGACUAAAAAUGUUAAUAUAUUUGAAAAGGAUUUUAUAGUGAUUCCUAUCAAUGAACAUGCUCAUUGGUUUUUGGCGAUUAUUUGUUUCCCUGGUUUAGUGGGGAAAGUUUCUAUAAAUCCUAAGACUACUAAAGAAGAAGAUGUUCAUAAAACGGUUCAGAAGAGUAAAAAAAUGAAAGAUCUUAAAAUUCAAGCUGUGACGAUUGGAACUACUACGAUAACUCCAGUAACAACUACGAUAACAAUAGAUCAAGGAGAUGAUGGCUCGGAAAGAGAUGAAGCAGAAGGUGACGAUGAAGAAAUGGAAAUGGAUAGUGAUGAUGAAGACGAAACUGAAGAACAGGAGAACAAUAAAAGCCAAGAAACAGAUCAUGCUAUACAAAAUAUAAAUUCUGUAAAAGUUCCCUGCAUAUUGAUAUUUGAUUCUCUUGCGGGUGCUAGUAGAUGUCGUGUUGUUGCUACAUUAAGAGAUUAUUUAAGUUGCGAACAUGUUGCUAAAAUGGGAAUUGAAAAGACAUUUUCAAAAGAUACUAUUAAGGGAGCAUCUCCAAAAGUUCCUCAACAAUCAAAUUUUACUGAUUGCGGCCUAUAUGUAUUACAAUACGUGGAGAGCUUCUUUAAGGAUCCUAUUAAAGAUUAUACAUUACCGAUAAAAACAUUAAAAAAUUGGUUUGAAGAAAUAAUUGUUACAAGAAAACGCGAGGAAAUAUCAAAGUUAUUAACUAAAUUAAUGAACGCUACGAAAGGCGAUAAAAAUAUUACAUUGCCUAUUGUUAUCUUUCCUACGCACGAUGGAAAGUUGAAACCAAAAGCUGAAAAUCAUGUUGAAAUAAAACCGGUGAAGACAGAUUUAGAAGUAAAAAAAAAGCCUAUAUCAGAGACAGAAACAACGCCCCGCGCGGCUAAUAACACGGUACCAGCUCAAGCAGAAAACGCAGAAUCAAAUAACGAGGUAGUAAAUAAAACUACCUAUCAGAUCAUUCCUUAUUCACCAUGUACAAGUUCUUCUAGCUCGACUGAUACUACCAAUUCGACGGAAAUGUUAAUUGAUUCAAAAAUUCACACGAGAUCGCCGAGUGAGAUAAUAUCCUAUUUAAAAUCCAAACGGAUUCCUAGGUUAAUGCUAAGAACAGACGCUCAAGAUGAUUCUCAGGCCGCUAAAAAGCAUAAAGGAGAGUUCUUUUGAACCUUGUAAAUAAAUGUUACUUUCUUUUUUAUAACGAUAAAAAUACUUUAGUCUCUACAUUCAUAAAAAAAAACACAUGAAAUCAUUUACCUAUGUAACAAAGUAUGUAGUUAAUAAUUCGUAAGAUGAAUAAAACCAUUAAGUCCAAACCUAAAAA